AUGGAUUCAUCAUUCACAGUCACCCGUAUCCACAGGGGCUACACACACACACUCCUUGACUGACCCCGGACGGAAAAACACACAGGGCAGCAUAUACAGGGUGGUCGAACAAAAAUACCUCUACACGACAAACGUCGUGAUUGCGCGGGAAAUGACAGCCUCGUCCAGGUCGUAUUUCCCCAAGAAGCACCUCACCCGCGGCAUUGUCACGGGGAACCGGGCGUUGAAUGGUGCGGACUUGCCGGCAGCAGGCGGCUCGGUCGUGAACAGCUCGAUACCGCCCAUCCCCAUCAUCAGAUACACAGCGAUGGUGUCGGUGUCUCUAAAGCCGCUGCACCCAUGGAAAGACAAGCAGCACACGGACAAGGAAUGGUGGCACAAUCAGUCAGCAGAGAGAGGGGAUCAGUUCCCCAGUGUACCUGAUGGCGAUGAAUCGGUAGCUGGUCUGCAAACAGUUCAGCAGGGUGAGCUGUCCUGGCAGCUCCCCAGGCAGCGCGCCCCCCAUGCAGCACUCCGCCACGAUGCCGUCCUCCUCCCCAACGCCAUCCCGCAGCAACCUGCGAUACCGAUUGUCGCCUCGCUCGAUCGCCGCGUGUAGCACCCUCGUCUCGGUCACACCCUCAGCCCUGAAACGGCCCAAACAAAUGAGAGGAAGGCAGUCCAAGUGCCUCAUUAUGUAUGCGUCAGUAUUCUUGUCUCUCUCACUUGUUCCAGUGCUCAAAAAUGUUGCGGACUAUGAAGGCCGAAUAGCUGGGAUACAGCGCGACGCCCUCCUGGACGGCAGGGUCUUCCGCAUUGAGGCAACGGCGGUAGGGAUGCUCUGGCGGCAGUUCAUCCACCACGCGCACCAUUUUGAAGCGUAACGCAUCGCCGAUCCGAAACGCACCGCUCGUUUGCCUGCGCAACGCCUGACACACGCAAACAGAGAGAACACACCCAAAGCCCUGUAUGUCGGCGUCGGUCGGUCUGUCUGUCUGUCUGCGCAUCCAUACCAGGUUGGUCCCCUGAUAGUUGAGCUGGUGGCCGAUGAUCUUCUUGUAGAUGGCCAUGGCGAGGGGCAGCUCGAUGAAGGACGCUUUGGUGGGCAGGUAGGUCAGCACGCGGGCCGCCGUCACAAGGAUGGGCAUCUGCUCAGGCGUCAAGCGGUAGAUGCGCGCCAGUCUGAGCGCCUUGCCCAUCGCUCUCCACUCACGUCGCCCCAUCCCCAGCAAGCAGGCGCACCGCAGCAGAUAGCUGAACCGGCUGAUGCCCUUGGGCAUGGCAGGAUGCCCGGCGGUGCCCCUCCGUCGCUCCACAUCAAUGAGGCCGACGAGACCGUUGCGACCCAGUGCGCGGUCGAUGCGAUGAAGGAUGACAUCGGCCGUGACGACGAGACUGCCGCUCCGCGAGGUGGCGCGGACGGCGAGAAGGUCCAGUAGGGCCGGCUCGUGAACGAUUAGAAGAAUGCGAUUCAACCAAAUGUCACUACCCAGCACGUGCGCCAUCCCGGCCCAAGUUUUGCUUGACUGAGAUCACGCUUUCCUUCGC